AUGGCGGCGCCCAGGGUGCAGCACGUUGUUGCGGAUUCCGGGGCCUUCCUGAGGAAUGCGGCGCUCCAGGAGAUCGGCGCUCAUGUCUACACCGUGCGGGAGGUGGUCACCGAGAUCCGGGAUAAAGCCACCCGGAGGCGGCUGGCCGUGCUGCCCUACGAGUUGAUCUUCAAGGAGCCCAAACCUGAGAGCGUGCAGCUGGUGACGGAAUUCUCAAAGAAGACUGGAGACUAUGGCAGCCUGUCCGCCAUUGACAUCAAGGUUCUGGCUCUCGCCUACCAGCUGGAGGCUGAGCAUGUCGGAGAGGAUCAUAUCCGAACAGAACCGACUAGUAAGGUCUCUGUCAGUAGCACAGCUCGGCACCCAGAAGCUCCCGUUAAUGUGGCCGGCUUCCACUUCCCAUCCAAGCCUGCAGGUAAGAAGGACGGCUCCGUGAAGUCCACAGUGGUGGAGGAGAAGGAUGAGGAGAGCAAAGAGUUCAAUUCUUUCCUGUUUUGGAGGAGCCCCUUACCCAGUAUUGAGGAUGACUUGGUGGAACUGAUGGUACGCCCUGAGCCAGCGACGUCACAAGACAACACACUGGCGGGAUCAUCUGGGGAUGAAGAGGAGGAUCAUGAUGAUGAUGAUGAUGGAGGAGGUUGGAUUACACCUGGAAACCUCAAACAGAUCCAGCAGGACAUGGGUGUCCGCGAGGCUCCGGAUAAUGUGUUUGUCGGCUGCUUGACUACGGAUUUUGCGAUGCAGAACGUGCUCAUCCAGAUGGGGCUCCAUGUGUUGUCUGUGGAUGGAAUGCUGAUCCGCCAGACCAGAAACUACGUAUUACGUUGUCAUGGCUGUUUCAAGUAA